AUGAUUUUCACCAGGAGACAAGAGGAGAGAAGACAGAACCAGCUCCCAGUGUACCCUGUGCACUGUACAACAUUCACAAUUUUACAGAAUACAUGAUCACCAUGGACCCCGUCACAAUUCUUCUGUCUGUUGUUGUCAUUCUAUAUUUAGCCAAUGUUUUCAACAAUCGGAAAAAACACAAGUUCAGGAAUUUUCCACCUGGACCAACGCCUCUGCCUAUCAUUGGGAAUAUGCACAUGAUCGAAAUGGGAAAACCUCAUAAUACAUUUAUAAAGAUGUCAGAGAAGUACGGCCCAGUAUUCAGCGUUCAACUGGGAUCCAACAAAUUAGUUAUCCUGUGUGGGUAUGACACUGUGAAAGAUGCUCUAAUCAACCAUGCUGAGGAAUUCUCUGAUAGACCCGCUUCAGCAAUGAGAGAUAAAACAUCAAGGGGACAUGGUGUUAUCUUUGCUAAUGGUGAGAACUGGAAAGUGAUGAGACGCUUUACUCUUUCAACACUACGAGAUUAUGGGAUGGGGAAGAAGAGCAUAGAGAACAAGAUUAAUGAUGAAUGUGAAUGUUUAAUGCAGACAUUCAGAUCUUAUAAAGGAAAACCAUUCAAUAAUAUGACCAUCAUUAAUGCUUCUGUUGCCAAUAUAAUUGUGUCCAUACUACUCGGCCAUAGAUUUGAAUAUGGAGAUCCAAACAUACUGAGGCUCAUGACUUUACUUAAUGAAAAUAUUAGGAUCGCAUCAAGCCCUAUGGUUGGAUUGUACAAUAGUUAUCCCUCGGUGGUCGGCUGGCUUCCUGGGAGUCACAGAAAUAUUUUUAAAAACAGCAAAAAGAUGCAGGACUUUAUAAGAGAGACAUUUAUAAAACAGGUGAAAGAGCUGGACAUCAAUGAUCAGAGGAACCUUAUAGAGUCAUUUCUUGUGAAGCAACAAGAGGGAAAGCCUGAAUCUACAUUGUAUUAUCAUGACGACAACCUACUUGCUCUAGUCAGCAACCUGUUUAUUGCUGGAAUGGAAACAACCUCAACCAGUCUGAGAUGGGGCCUCCUGCUAAUGAUGAAGUACCCCGAAAUCCAAAAAAAAGUGCAAAAUGAAAUAGAGAGAGUGAUCGGAGCAGCUCAACCACAGACAGAGCACAGGAAGCAAAUGCCAUACACCGACGCUGUCAUCCAUGAAAUACAACGGUUUGGUGACAUUGUGCCUAGUAACUUACAGCACGCAACUUCCCAAGAUGUCACGUUCAGAGGAUAUUUUAUUCCAAAGGGGACCACUGUUCUCCCAAUAUUGUCCUCUGCUCUGAGAGAUAAAGCCUACUUUGAGAAACCAGAAGAGUUUUACCCGGAACAUUUUCUUGACACAGAAGGACAUUUCAAGAAGAAUGAGGCGUUUAUACCAUUCUCAUUAGGUAAAAGAAGCUGUGCUGGAGAGAACCUGGCUAAAACUGAGCUGUUUGUGUUCUUCACCACCGUUCUACAGAACUUCACUUUCCAGGCUCCUCCUGGAGCUAAAUUGGACCUCACCCCUGCAAUUGGUUUUAUCAAUGCACCAUUACCUCAUGAAAUCUGUGCCAUACCUCGAAAUUUUUCAGAAUACAUGAUCACCAUGGACCCCAUCACAGUUCUUCUGUCUGUUGUUGUCAUCCUAUAUUUAGCCAAUGUUUUCAACAAUCGGAAAAAACACAAGUUCAGGAAUUUUCCACCUGGACCAACGCCUCUGCCCAUCAUUGGGAAUAUGCACAUGAUCGAAAUGGGAAAACCUCAUAAUACAUUUAUAAAGAUGUCAGAGAAGUACGGACCCGUAUUCAGCGUUCAACUGGGAUCCAACAAAUUAGUUAUCCUGUGUGGGUAUGACACUGUGAAAGAUGCUCUAAUCAACCACGCUGAGGAAUUUUCUGCUAGACCCUUUUCGGCAAUAAGAGAUAAAACAUCAAGGGGACAUGGUGUUGUCUUUGCUAAUGGUGAGAACUGGAAAGUGAUGAGACGCUUUACUCUUUCAACACUACGAGAUUAUGGGAUGGGGAAGAAGAGCAUAGAGAACAAGAUUAAUGAUGAAUGUGAAUGUUUAGUGCAGACAUUCAGAUCCUAUAAAGGAAAACCAUUCAAUAAUAUGACCAUCAUGAAUGCCUCUGUUGCCAAUAUAAUUGUGUCCAUACUACUCGGCCAUAGAUUUGAAUAUGGAGAUCCAAACAUACUGAGGCUCAUGACUUUACUUAAUAAAAAUAUCAGGAUCGCAUCAAGCCUUAUGGUUGGAUUGUACAAUAGUUAUCCCUCGGUGGUCGGCUGGCUUCCUGGGAGUCACAGAAAUAUUUUUAAAAACAGCAAAAAGAUGCAGGACUUUUUAAGAGAGACAUUUAUAAAACCGGUGAAAGAGCUGGACAUCACUGAUCAGAGGAACCUUAUAGAGUCAUUUCUUGUGAAGCAACAAGAGGGAAAGCCAGAAUCUACUUUGUAUUAUCAUGAUCACAACCUACUUGCACUGGUCAGCAAUCUGUUUGUUGCUGGAAUGGAAACAACAUCAACUACUCUGAGAUGGGGCCUCCUGCUAAUGAUGAAGUACCCUGAAAUCCAAAAAAAAGUGCAAAGUGAAAUACAGAAGGUGAUCGGAGCAGCUCAACCACAGGCAGAACACAGGAAGCAAAUGCCGUACACUGAUGCCGUCAUCCAUGAAAUACAACGGUUUGGUGACAUUGUGCCGAGUAACUUAGAGCAUGCAACUUCCAAAGAUGUCACGUUCAGAGGAUAUUUUAUUCCAAAGGGGACGACUGUUCUCCCAUUAUUGUCCUCUGCACUGAGAGAUAAAACCUACUUUGAGAAACCAGAAGAGUUUUACCCAGAACAUUUUCUUGACACAGAAGGAAAUUUCAAGAAGAACGAGGCAUUUAUACCGUUCUCAUUAGGUAAAAGAAGCUGUGCUGGAGAGAACCUGGCCAAAACUGAGCUGUUUGUGUUCUUCACCACCCUGCUACAGAACUUCACUUUCCAGGCACCUCCUGGAGCUAAACUGGACCUCACCCCUGCAAUUGGUUUUAUCAAUGCACCAUUACCUCAUGAAAUCUGUGCCAUACCUCGAGGCUAA